UCAUCAACAUAAAAACUGCAACUGCAGUUUGAAGAAAAUUGUCAGCACAAUGUCCCCUAAAGUUUUGGGUUACUGUAGAACUCUGAAUAAUAUUAUAUGAUGUAACCGAGCUUUUAUCGAUAACCUCUGCGUCUUCUCUGGUCGUUAUUUAUCGCCAAUACUGCUCUUUCAAAUUUAGCGCUAUUUGCCCCGCCUGAACAGAGAUUCGCCGGCUAGCCUGUUAGCCCACCGUGUUUCUGUUGGCUGUCGCGGAAACACAAAGUAAAGUGCCAAUUGUUCUGCUUUCCAAAAGUUUGCACUUGGUUUCUAUAAAGCGUUGUAAAAUGGAGGUGACGGACAUAGGAAACAAAGAAGAGGGGAACGUGUGGCAUCGGAAACCAACAGCAGGAAAGAGUGUUUUAGUGACAGUUGCUCGCACAACUCAGCGGGGCAAGACUGUGCGUUUCCUCCAUGUGACCUUUGACAUCAAAGGAGAUUCCUUUCUGGCUGGAGAUCACCACGGAAACAUCUAUGUCUUUGACAUCAGCAGAAACAGAUUUCGUCUGGUGCAGAAGACCGGACAGGCCUGCACUGCUCUGGCUUUCAGCCUCCGCAGGACCACAGAGCUACUUGUGGCGCUGGCUGACUACACUAUCAAGUGCUUUGACAAGGACACAAAGCAGCUGGUCAGUUGGAUGCGAGGUCAUGAGGGAGCAGUUUCAUCAAUCUCUGUCCACAGCUCAGGCCGAUAUGCCAUCACCACGUCCUCAGACACGGCACAGCUCUGGGACCUGGACACCUUCCAGAGGAAGAGGAAGCUGAACAUCAGACAGUCUUUUUGCAUACAGAAGGUGUUUUUUCUGCCUGACAGUAACACCAUACUCAGCUGUUUCAGUGAUGACUCCAUCUUUGCUUGGGAGAGUGACACACUGUUGUGCAAAUACCAGCUCCCUGUUCCUGACUGUGGCCCCCAAAUCUCCUACAAGGCUUUUGCUGUCACACGUGAUGGAAAGAGACUUGUAGCAGGUGGGCGCUCCAACCUGCUGCACCUGUGGUGUCUGGACAGCAAACAGCUGGUCAGGGUGAUACAGAUGCCCACGCAGGUCCGAACAGUCAGACAGCUGGAAUUUCUACCAGACAGCUUUGACAGAGGAGCCAGCCAGACAAUAGGUGUAUUGAGCCAGGAUGGUGUAAUGCGUUUCAUCAACAUUCAAACCUGCAAGCUGCUUUUCCACAUGGGUUCCCAUGACAAUGCCAUUACCACAGUGGCAGUCAGCCCCAACGGAAGACAUGUUGCGGCCAUCAUGGAUAAUGGCAGCAUCAAUAUCUACAAUGUCCAGAGUCUCACACAGGAAUUAAACAAGCCUCCUCCCUCCAGGGUGGCAGUAGUUUCAGAUGGUGAUGCUCACCAGGAAUUGUCAAAGGUCACAGUCAGGUCAGAGGUUGUUCAAAGACCAGUCAUGAGCUCAGGUAGGACACGGGUGAAGAUACUUAGACCUCCUGCUGUGCCUACUGAUGAUAAAGAGAAUGAACUACCAGCUGGUCUGAAUAAGAGGAGACUGGUGGCUCUGCUUAAGGCCUUUGGAGAAUAUCCUGCUAAAUAUAGGAUGUUUGUGUGGCGGUCUUUGCUGUGUCUCCCAGAGAACCAUGCAGCAUACAGCAGUCUGACUGAUAAAGGCCUGCAUUCAGCCUACCUCACCCUGCACGAUAAAUACCCCAUCAAAAGUCACAAGUUACAGAGAGGACUUCAGAGGGUUUUGUCUGCCUUAGCUCACUGGGCAGCCAUCUUUGGAGAGGUGGAGUACCUUCCCCUGGUGGCAUUCCCCUUUGUGAAGCUCUUCCAGAACAACCCAAUGCUCUGCUUCGAGGUGGUGGCAACUCUCAUUGUGAACUGGUGCCAGCACUGGUUCGAGUACUUCCCUAACCCUCCUCUGAACAUCCUGAACAUGGCGGAGAACGUACUGGCUCAUCAUGACAAGGAGCUGCUACAACACCUGGUGGACUGUGGCAUUACUUCCCAGCUUUAUGUGUGGCCCCUGAUGGAGACCCUGUUCUCAGAGGUUUUGACUCGAGAGGAGUGGCUCAGACUCUUUGACAACGUUUUCUCCAACCAUCCGUCAUUCCUGAUCAUGGCCUGUGUGGCCUACAUCACCUGCUGCCGUGAGCCACUGCUUCUCUGCUCCCAGAAACAGGAUUUUUCGUAUUUUUUUCACCAUCGAAACAAUCUGGAUGUGGGAGCCAUGAUAAGGGAGGCCUACCGGCUGCUGAGUAGCACGCCUGCAGACAUCCAUCCCAGGACUCUGCUGUCUGAUUUCGCACCACUGACCAAAGGCCAGUACCCCGUGUUCAACCACUACCCAGAAUUCAUAGUGGAAUAUCAGAGCCAGGAGAGGGAGAAGAUACGAUUGCAGGAGAUGGAGUAUCUCGGUGAAAGGCAGGAGGUGUCAGCGCUUCGGGCAGAUUUCGUUCGUCGUCAAGCUGAAGAGGAGGCAUAUUACACUCAACAGGAGCUGCUACAAAAGGCGGAGGAACAGCGCAGAAACAACCUGGCACAAGAAGAGGAAAAACUAACACAGCAGAAGGCAAAGUUGGCAGCCAUGAAGAGAGAGCUGAAGGUGAAGGAGUUACAGCUGCUGGACACAUCUAGAAGACGCUUCCUCAAACACCAGCAGGACCUGAGAGCCUCACAGAUACAAAGACUAGACCAGGAGAUCAGAAGAAAGAUGGAUCUCCGAGAGCAAGAAUCAGCUGCAGCAGUCCAGGAUCUGGAGAUAAGGCAGAUGGAGCUAGAGGCUCAGAGGAAAAGACUUGAACAGCACCUGCUGAAGGAGCAGGGGCGCAUGGGACGGGAAGUGGAAGAGGAGGUGGAGAUAAGAAUGAGGAAGGCAGACAGAGAGGAGGAGAGCCUUGCAGAGCUGCUGCAUUGCCCUGAGACAAACAUGCAGAUCCUGGAGGAAUCCCUGGCAGAGGCAUGCCAGCUGGGCCUGGAGUCAGACUGGCAGAGAGACAUAGCGGACCGGCUGCAGCAGGUCAACGCUGAGAAGGAGAGGAAGAGGGAGAGUUUGGCAGAGCUUCACAGGCAAACCCUGGCAGAGGAGGAGAGACUGGCUGACACCAUGAGAGAUGUGGCAGGAAGGAAGUGGGAUGAAGUGAUGAGUGCAAGAGCCCAGUUACAGGAGCAGCGACAGGCCUGGUCUUCAGCAGACGCAGAGGACCAGAGACAUACGAGGACGAGGUCACCAGGUUUUAUCAGAGGACUUCCACUUAGACCCAGCACCACCGCUGCUGUUCAUGUUGAAAUCAACGGAGCUGGUCAGGCCCUCAAACUCAACACUGCCACCACUGCAAGACAGGCAGGAACUGACAUGGUGUGUCUGAACAGCAACUCACCUUCAGAGAGCACUUCUACCAACUUCUCCUUAGACAGAGGCCGGGCCCAGUUGGACAGCAGUGAGAGAGAACUGCUAAAGGAAAUCAGAGACCUGAGACAGAAGCUAGCGGCCAGAGUCAGAGAGGGCAGCUCUGCCGCUUCACAGUCUGUCCACACACUGUCCUCUGUCUCCCAGUGACUACAAAAUGCUCUGCGUCUUUAUUGUGCCUGAAAAACAUAUUCUCAUUUCAAGCGAGCUGGCAAUACAGAAACAGUGAAUCGAGCUCUGACUUUAUUAUCACACCACCUUCUAUUUAAUGUUAUAUUACAUACAUUCAGGGUUUUCAUUUAAACAUUGAUUUACAUGGAUAUUGACACACAGUUUUGUCUAUUACAUUUUAGUUUAUAUGUGCUGGUGCUCCAUUUUGGAUUUGAAUAAAAUGUUUUCAUAUCA